AUGCCGUCCUGGACACACCUCGUUCGGUUCACGGCCACAGAAGACAAUGCUGUUUACUACACGAAGUGUGAUUCUACAUUGCCACAGGUUGGAGCAAAGGUUCCCUAUUUCAAGUCCAUCACCUCACUGGACUCUUAUAACGCUACCAGCGAUCUGAAAACAAUCAAGGAGAUACUUGCGCCGGUGGAACCAGGCUUGCCCAUUGUUUGCAUAGGAUUGAACUAUGCCAAUCACGCUUCAGAAGCAAAGUUGACUGUACCACAGAAAUCACCCAUGUGGUACAAACCUGCCGAGUCGCUCGCCAACCCUGGAAUCAUCCCGGUACCAAAAGUAGCCCAAGACCACUUCUUUGAUUUCGAAGGCGAAUUGACAAUCGUCACAUCCAAACCAGCCAAGGAUGUCUCUGUGGAAGAUGCUCCAUCAUACAUCCUUGGAUAUACCAUCGGCAACGACCUCACAGCACGUCACUUCCAAGCCCCUGCCGUAGCAGGUGGCCAAUUCUCGUACGCGAAAUCGUUCGACAAAUUUGCACCAUUAGGUCCUGCACUCGUCAGCCCCUCUGCAUUUGGGGAUGUUACAAAGAAUACGAUCAAGACUUCUAUCAACGGGCGAAUUGUUCAAGACAGCCCUUUGGAUUUGAUUUGGGGGCCUGCCGAGCUUGUGAGUUUCUUGAGUCAGGGAAGAACGUUGCCUGCUGGAACGGCUAUCAUGACGGGGACGCCAGCUGGAGUUGGUUGGUUUCAGGAACCGCAGUAUAGUUUGAAAGAUGGAGAUGUUGUGGAGGUAUCUAUCUCGGGAAUUGGAACUUUGAGCAAUACCAUGAAGUUUGAAUAG